UCUUUCUAUAUAUUUAUACCCCUAGUCCUCACCACCUUAUUAUUCACUAGUACAUUGGUACUUGACCUGCAACAACCAAAAAACUAAAACAAAAACUAUGAGUUCUGUUUACCAUCCCUCCUCCUCCCCUUCCCUUCAAAAAUUCCCUCCGGCCACUUUCACAAGACCUUCGGUUUCGGUUUCAGUUUCGGUCCCCAACUCUCCCAAUCAUUUCUCAGGGCCUAAUGCUGUUAAAGGUAAAGACAUAUGGGUCAAGCUCAGAUUUGGUGUACAAUGCACUGCAGUUUCAAGAUCUCGUACUACAGAAUAUGAAUAUGCAGAGAGUCUCAAAAGCGAUUUACCUGCAGUGAUAAAUUGGCAAGAGAUUCUCGAAUCUGACAAAAAAGGCGAAAACACUAAGUUUCAGCUUCAUUCGUCGAUUAAGAUUAUCAAAUGCAUCAACUCAAUCCGAGAAAUGUUCCGUUCCAUGGACGAUGGAGCAAUAAGCCUUUCUGCCUAUGACACCGCGUGGGUUGCUCUUGUGGAGGACAUGAAUGAACCCGGAGUUCCUCAGUUUCCUGCAAGUCUUCAGUGGAUAGUAAGCAAUCAGCUCCCUGAUGGCUCGUGGGGCGACGACAAGUUGUUCCUAGCUCAUGAUCGAAUACUAAACACAUUGGCAUGUGUUAUCGCGCUAAAAUCUUGGAAUGUUCAUCCUGAAAAGAUGGAAAGAGGAUUGUUGUUCAUUAAUGAAAACAUAAGCAAGCUUGAAGAUGAAGAGAUGGAGCAUAUGCCAAUAGGGUUUGAAGUAGCAUUCCCUUCACUUGUCGAAAUCGCGGAAACUUUGAACAUACAGAUCCCAAAGGACUUGCCUAUAUUGCAAGAAAUUUAUGCUCAGAGAGAUUUGAAGCUCUCAAGGAUACCAAAAGACAUAAUGCAUAAGGUGCCCACGACACUACUUCAUAGCUUAGAAGGAAUGGCGGAAAUGGAGUGGGAAAAGCUGCUCAAAUUACAAUGCGAAGAUGGAUCGUUUCUCUUCUCACCUUCCUCCACUGCCUUUGCUCUCAUGCAGACUAAAGACGAAAAUUGUCUCAAUUAUCUCAGCAGAAUUGUUCGGAAAUUCGACGGCGGAGUUCCCAAUGUGUACCCGGUGGACAUGUUCGAGCACAUAUGGGUUGUGGACCGGCUGGAGCGCCUAGGAAUUUCUCGGUAUUUCAAGUCGGAGAUCAAAGAGUGCAUGGAUUAUAUUCACAGGUAUUGGACGAAUCAAGGAAUCUGCUGGGCCAGGAACACAAGGGUGAAUGACAUUGAUGACACUGCUAUGGCAUUUCGGCUGCUUAGAUUGCAUGGUUACACUGUUUCUCCAGAUGUAUUUAAGAAUUUCGAGAGCAAGGGCGAGUUCGUCUGCUUUGCCGGGCAGUCGAACCAGGCGGUGACCGGAAUGUUUAACCUGCUAAGAGCAUCUCAAGUGGUGUUCCCGGAAGAAGCCUUACUGGAGGAGGCUAAAAAAUUUUCAAUCGAGUUUCUAAGAGGAAAACAAGCUGAGAACCAGCUUUUUGAUAAAUGGAUCAUAACCAAGGAUUUACCGGGGGAGGUUGGAUACGCACUAGAUACACCAUGGUAUGCCAGCUUACCUCGGUUAGAGACAAGCUUUUUCUUGGACCAAUAUGGUGGUGAAGAUGAUGUUUGGAUUGGAAAGACUUUAUACAGAAUGCCUCAUGUGAACAAUAACACUUACCUUGAGCUUGCUAAAUUGGACUAUGCAAAAUGCCAGACUAUUUAUCAGCUGGAGUGGAACCAGAUGAAAGAGUGGUGUGCUAAUAGCAACCUGGAGAAAUUCGGACUGAGUGAGACGAGCCUUCUGCUAUCGUAUUAUUUAGCAGCUUCGAGUUUAUAUGAACCCGAAUCGUCGAAUUUGAGGUUCGCCUGGGCUAAGACGGAGGCUUUGAUCGAGACGAUUAGAUUGUACUUUGGUAACAUUGAGAGCUCGGCUGAGCAGAGGGAAGCCUUCGUGCAGGACUACAUGAAAACUACGGAGAAUUUACAGUACGUCAGUCCUGGAAGGUAUAAGUCACCGCGUAAGAAGCUCCUGGGGACACUAGUAGGAAUAUUAAAGCAGCUUAUGCUAGACGCUAUGGUUGCACAUGGCAUCGACAUCCACCAGCAGCUCCAUCAAGCGUGGGGGAUGUGGCUUACGACAUGGCAAGAGGAAGGUGAUGUGGACAAAGCUAAAGCACAGCUCCUGGAACAAACUAUUAACAUAUGUGCAGGCCGUUUAACAUCGGAGGAGAUACUGUCAAAUCCGCAAUAUAAAAAUCUGUCGAAAAUCACCAAUCAACUCUGCCAUCAACUCGGUCCUUUUCAAUACGGAAAGUUAAACGAAGAAGAUAGCUCUGAUAAAGAGAUCAGAGGCAUCACAGCCAUGGAAAUCGAAUCCAAAAUGCAAGAACUAGUGAAGCUCGUGCUCUGCAACUCACCAGACGGUCUAGAUCCCGAAUUAAAGCAGAUUUUUUUCACGCUAGCAAGGACGUUCUACUACACAGCCUACUGUGAUCCUAUCACUAUCAACAGCCAUAUCAGCAAAGUACUCUUUGGCCGUAGGAUGUAACACGGAAUAACAAUAUUCCUAUCUAAACGUAAAUAUUAUGCGACGUUGCUAGUUUCUCUAUAACAUAUUCAAGUUUUGCUGCUUUA